AUGCCGGCGAUAAGAGUGUUAUCGGCGUUAGAUGCGGCGAGGAUACAGUGGUAUCAUUUCAAGGCGAUAAUAGUCGCCGGAAUGGGACUAUUCACGGACGCAUACGAUCUCUUCUGUAUAGCUCCGGUUAUGAAAAUGAUUAGCCAAAUCUAUUACCACAAGGACUCAAUCGGAACCGCCGUGCUCUCAACUUCCUACGCCAUCGCUCUCCUCGGAACCGCCAUGGGCCAGCUCGUUUUCGGUUACUUAGGCGACCGAGUCGGACGCCGACGAGUCUACGGUCUCUGUCUUCUCAUCAUGGUGUUCAGCUCCUUCGGCUGCGGUUUCUCCGUCUGCACGACUCGUCGUUCUUGCGUCAUGGCGAGUCUUGGAUUCUUCAGGUUCGUGCUCGGUCUCGGGAUCGGCGGAGAUUACCCUCUCUCGGCGACGAUCAUGUCGGAGUUCGCUAAUAAGAGGACGCGUGGAGCUUUUAUCGCCGCCGUGUUCUCGAUGCAGGGGCUUGGCAUUUUGACGAGCUCUGCCGUUACGAUGGUUGUGUGCGUGGCGUUUAAGAGCGCCGGAGAGGGGAGUUUGGGGAGUAAGAAAGCGGCCGGGGUGGAGACUUUGGCUCCGGCGGAUUCAGAUAUUGCUUGGAGGUUGAUUCUGAUGAUCGGUGCUCUUCCGGCGGCGUUAACGUUCUAUUGGCGAAUGCUCAUGCCUGAAACCGCCAGAUACACAGCACUUGUAGAGAACAAUGCAACCCAAGCAGCAAAAGACAUGCAAAGAGUCAUGUCCGUAUCCAUAAUAUCUCAACUAGCCGAAGAUUCAUCGUUAUCGGAGACACAACUACAACUACAACCACCAUCUUCAUCUUCCUCCUACAAACUCUUCUCUCGCCGUUUCCUCAGCCUCCACGGCCGUGACCUCUUCGCAGCCUCCGCCAAUUGGUUCCUAGUCGACGUCGUCUUCUACACCAGCAACCUCCUCCUCUCUCGAAUUGUCAAUUUCUCAAACGAACCUCUCAAACCCACAAACGUCUACGACUCCGCCUUCGAAGUAGCUAAGCUCGCAGCCAUCGUAGCCGCUUGCUCCACCAUCCCCGGCUACUGGUUCACAGUCUACUUCAUCGACAAAGUCGGUCGAGUCAAGAUUCAGAUAAUGGGGUUUUUCCUAAUGGCCGUUGUUUACUUAGUCGCUGGGAUACCGUACAUUUGGUAUUGGUCUAAGCACGAGAAGACUAACAAAGGGUUUUUGGUUCUCUAUGGAUUGAUAUUCUUCUUUAGCAACUUUGGCCCCAACACGACGACGUUUAUCGUCCCGGCAGAGCUUUUUCCGACGAGAUUUAGGUCAACGUGUCACGGGAUAUCCGGAGCUGCUGGGAAGUUUGGGGCAAUUGUUGGCACUGUUGGUUUCUUGUGGGCCACGAAACACGACAAAGACCACGAAGAGGACGUUUUCCCCGACGUGAAUCGCGUGAGGGUCGCGUUUUUGAUCCUCGGUGGCGUUUGUAUCGCUGGAGUGUUGGUGACGUAUUUCUUCACGCGUGAAACUAUGGGAAGAUCUUUAGAAGAGAACGAAGAGGACGAGAUUGGUUCCACGUCAGCAGCAGGAUCAUCUUCUGCGAAUAAUUUGCUUCCAAGACAAUAG